AUCCUUGAUAUAUCAUUUAAUGCUCUUUUGUCAUGCCACAAGUAAAAGGUGCAUGGCACUCUGAGCAGGGCAGUUAUCCCAGUGUGAAAUCAAGCAGAUAAGAUCAGCCAUCUGUUGCCUCCAUUUGAUGUUCAUCACAGCAUCAUUUAUUUAAAGAGUUCAUUAGCUCCAUUAGCAACCAAGCAUAGUCUUUGUCCUCUCUCUAAUAAAGGGGAGUGCUUCACUCUGCUCCAAAGACUUUUUGGCUUCAAUUCUCACUACACCAUCAUUUAUUACUAUCUACACCUGAAUAGCAUUCAUAACACAACACUUUUUCUCGGUCUAUCCAUUCCCUGGAGCAGCCAUUUUGAUGACUUUUAACAUGACGACAGUUCCGUCGCUGACACUUUCAGACUGGGAGCUGUUGGAAUGUAACCGCACAGAGGCUUGGGAUUGGGUCUAUUCCAUACAACCGGCCUACAUGUCUAUCAUCUGUGUGCUGGGUGCAUUUGGCAACGCCUUUGUCCUUGCUGUGUUCUGCAUUCAGAAAGGCCACGGCUCUGUGGCGGACAUCUAUCUGGGAAACCUUGCUGCUGCUGAUCUCCUCAUGGUGUGCUGCCUUCCCUUCUGGGUCAUCACUAUAAUUCACAAGUUUAACUGGUACUUUGGACAGCCCAUGUGCCAAGUGGUCAGCCUCAUAAUUGGUAUGAACUACUACUGCAGCGUGCUGUUUCUCACACUCGUCAGUCUGGACCGGUACCUAGUUCUGACAAGACCCAUGUCUGUGGGGAGAAGGAAAGGCACCAGCCAUGCCAAGGCUAUCUGUGUGGCUAUUUGGCUUGCAGGCUUUUUGCUCAGUCUACCAGCCUUGUUGUUUCGCUCAGUGCAGUUUUUCCCUGACCUUGAGACAGAGGCAUGCUACAUGGCUUACCCUCAUGACGGGUGGAGGCUGCGUUACAACUUGACAGUCAAUGUGUUGGGUUUCCUGGUUCCUGUACCCCUUAUUUCUUACUGCAGUUACCAUAUCAUUACAAUUCUGAGUUACAAAGAGGUGAGGAGGUGUUCGGCUGUAAAAACAGAGAGGAAGGCUACAGUCUUGGUGCUUGUUGUCCUGUCAGUUUUUAUUCUCUGCUGGCUGCCUUUUCAAAUUUUCAUGUUCCUGGACACACUUUAUUAUUUUAAUGUUAUCUCUGGUUGUCUGUGGAUACAUGGUCUGGACAUAGGUAUACAGCUCUCUACUUACCUUGGUUAUAGCAACAGCUCGCUCAACCCUUUUCUCUAUGUGAUAGUAGGAAAACACUUCAGGCAAAAGGUUAAAGGAGUAUUUGUACAGAUUCUGAACUGGGGGGGCUGGAGAGUCUCUCCAGCUCACAAAAUCAACUCCAGUGUAAGAUAUACAGAGUGCACAAGAGUGUAAUCUGAAGUUCAUACAUGAGAUGCAUCUACAGUGACCCCUACUGUUAUGUGAAUGUUAGAUAGUUGACAGACUAACUGAGCUGCUCUUUGAUUAAUGUUUGUGCAUCUACCACUGUUAGGUUAAUUACGCUUUGUAAAUACAGGCACAAUUUGUUUGAUUUAUGUCUGUUCUGUGUCGCAAUCUUUAUCCAAAAUAUAGUUUUCUUUUUUCAAAUUUGGCACCACUGUAUUAUUAUCUUGCAUUACCAUUACAGCUGUCAAGCUUAUGCUCUUUUUAGAUUUUUUCUCCCAGGAAAAGAUAUGCUGUUAUAAAUGACUGUAAUGUAUAUUCAGUUAACCUUCUUAUUGCUGAGAUGUCAAUAAAACUUUUCAAAAAUG